AUCAUUUAUAUAAUCUACACAUAAUCACACUCCUCACUCUCUCACUCUGGAAAACAAACAAGAGGAGAGAGAGAGUGUGUGAAAGAGCUCACAUUUUGGUAAAAGAAUGAGCUACAUUUUAACCAUUUUGGAUCUAAAAGUGUACCUUGUUCAACAAUAACAAAAACAGCUUGAAAAUAGAUGUGAAAACUUAUUACAAGAAAGCAAAGAUGGUACAAAGAAGCUGCAUUGUUCAAAUAUUGGUUCUAUGUUCAGUAUUAGAACUUGCUUCGUCUCUUCUCCUCAACUUCACUCUUCCAGGCCAACACCCGGACCCAGAAGCCGUUGCUCGAGAAGUUCAUAGAAAGAUAAACGUUUCUGUAAGUAGAAGACGUUUACUAGAAGAUGGCAGUAAUUGUGUGACCGGUAAUCCAAUCGACGAUUGCUGGAGAUGUGACCCUAAUUGGGGAAACGACCGACAACGGUUGGCCGAUUGCGGUAUCGGGUUUGGGCAGUAUGCUUUAGGUGGCAAAGGUGGUGAAUUUUACGUUGUCACUGACCCAUCUGAUAAUGAUCCUAUUAAUCCCAAACCUGGUACACUUCGCUAUGCUGUUAUACGAACUGAACCUCUUUGGAUCAUCUUCGCUUCCAAUAUGGUUAUCCGCCUUUCCCAAGAGCUAAUCUUCAACAGUUACAAGACAGUAGAUGGGCGAGGAGCAGACGUACACAUAACGGGAGGAGGAUGCAUUACCUUACAAUUCAUUAGCAAUGUAAUCAUCACAAAUAUUCACGUUCACCACUGCCACCAAUCUGGUAACACAAUGGUUCGAUCCAGCCCGACCCAUUAUGGUUAUCGGACUUUGUCAGAUGGGGAUGGUAUUUCAAUAUUCGGAUCUAAGGACCUUUGGAUUGACCAUUGUUCGUUGUCACAUUGUAAAGAUGGGCUCAUUGACAUCAUAAUGGGGUCCACCGCAAUCACGGUGUCCAACAACCAUUUCUCCCACCACGAUGAGGUUAUGCUACUAGGCCAUAGUGACUCUUACGAGCCCGAUGUCGGAAUGCAGGUAACAGUAGCAUUCAACCAUUUUGGACCCAAGUUAAAACAGAGGAUGCCAAGGUGUAGAAAAGGGUAUAUACAUGUUGUGAACAACGAUUAUACACAGUGGGAAAUGUAUGCUAUCGGGGGUAGUAGCAAUCCUACCAUCAAUAGUCAGGGCAAUCGUUUCAUUGCUCCAUUUGAUCGUUAUGCCAAAGAGGUAACAAAGAGAGUAGGAUCAAAAGAUGAUGAUUGGAAAGGGUGGAAUUGGAGAUCUGAAGGCGACGAAAUGGUGAACGGCGCUUAUUUUGUGGCGUCUGGAGCGGGUGUCGAAGUCAAAUACGAGAAAGCUUACAGCGUGGAGCCCAAAUCUGCUGCCUUCAUUGACCAACUCGUCAUGCAUGCUGGUGUUCUGGGCGACAGGGGACACAACACAGGCAAGUGGAGUGCUGGAGCAGGUGAUAAAACAGGAUUAGAGUCGGAUGAUUAUGAUUACACUGAUGAUUAUGAUGGAGCCACACCUUCAAUCUCUUCCCCAGCUUACGCCUUUUUAUUUGUUUUGUUGAUGUUCUCAUUUCUUUAUUUGUAUAUCAUUCCUACUUGUAUUUCCUAACAUCAACAAACUUCAUUACAUUUUCAGAAUUCUUAUUGUCUGUUACGUCUGACUUUUGACAUGAUUGAGGAACUCUUUAUGUCUUUUGUGUUCUUCAUUUUACCAUCUUGCUUCCAUUA